AAACCCUUAAUUGAGGGAUGGAUUUUGCAAUUUUCCCACGAACCGUAACGGGACUUCGUCGGAAGUGGAUUUCUUAAAGUACACCAUUAUUUCGUUAUAAUGUCUCUGUUUAACUCGAAUUCCGAAUUUGUAGUAGCAGUUUCUAGUUUGGCAUUUAUUUUUCGAAGAUGCACACCAUCUGUUCGUUAAAAUGCCUCAGUUAGCAAUUUGAUAUCUUAACACUUCAUGUGCUAUUUUGACUGUUAUUCUUUCAUCCAUGACAUGUUUAUGGAGUUAUUAAACUCUGGUGUUUUCAGAUGGUGGAGGUUUUACUACGGGAAUAUCUGUGUUAUUACGAGAGAUUUCAUCAUUCUCGUCUGAUAAGAACUGAAGUCAGAACUGAAGUAACUGAGGUUAACGCAGCAAUUUCUAACUUACUCUGAAUGUUCUUUACAGAUAUACGAGAAAUGCAAUUUGGGGGAUUUCAAAGAUUUUGCCGGAUGAAUAUGCGGAACUUUGCAGUUUUGCGAAUUUGCAAAGUCAAUUCAUCCUUUGUGUCUGACAUUGCAGGUAAAUGUGUUCAGAGAGUUCAGACUUCUGAAAAUUAUUCAGCUCUGGCAUGUGCUGAUGAUGAUUUUUGCAAGGGAAUGGAGAAAAAGAAAUUGGCUGAGAACUUGGCCUCGCUUGUUGAAGAAUCUCUGGAUGUUGAUUCAAGAAGACCAAAGAGUCGAAUGGAACUCAAGAGAUCCCUUGAAAUCCAGAUUAAGAAGAGGGUGAAGGCGCAAUAUGUGAAUGGGAAGUUUAUGGACUUGAUGGGGAAAGUGAUUGCCUGCCCCCCAACUCUUCAGAAUGCCUAUGAUUGUGUUAGAAUUAACUCAAAUGUAGAUAUAGCAUCGAAUGAUCAUUUAAUUUCAUUUGAAUCUAUGGCUGAAGAACUUCAUAAUGGUAGUUUCGAUGUCAACGCCAAUACUUUCUCCAUAUCAAGUUCGAAAAAAGAAGUACUCAUCUUACCCAAGCUAAAGUUGAAGGUUCUUCAGGAGGCUAUUAGGAUAGUUUUGGAGUGUGUUUUUAGGCCACAUUUUUCCAAGAUAUCUCAUGGCUGCCGAAGUGGAAGAGGGCACUCAACAGCAUUGAAGUACAUCAGAAAAGAGAUCAAUAAUCCUGACUGGUGGUUCACAGUUGACAUAAGCAAAAAGAUGGAUGAGCUUGAGAUGGCUAAACUCAUUUCAGUAAUGGAGGACAAGAUAGAAGACCCCGAAUUUUUUGCUAUCAUCAGAAGUAUAUUUGAGGCGGGGGCACUGAAUUUGGAGUUCGGGGGUUUCCCAAAAGGUCAUGGUCUUCCACAAGAGGGAGUUCUGUCUCCUAUAUUAAUGAACAUCUAUCUAAACCUCUUUGACCAAGAAUUUUUCAGAUUAUCUAUGAAAUAUGAAGCUAUCAAUAAAUAUGGUAAUGCUGUUCAAGAUGGGUCCCAAUCAAAGCUGCGGAGCUGGUUUAGAAGAAAAUUGAAAGGAAAUGAUUCUGAAUAUCCAGCCCAGGAGAAAGAUAACAUAAGAGUAUACUGUUGUCGCUAUAUGGAUGAAAUUUUUAUGGCAGUUUCAGGUUCCAAAGAUGUGGCUCUUAGUUUUAGGUCUGAGAUUCAGGAUUUCAUUCAGAAGUCUUUGCAUUUGGAUGUUAAUCAUCAAGAAGAAAUGGUAUCAUGUAGGGAGACUCGUGGAAUUCGUUUUCUUGGUUGUUUGGUUAGAAGAAGUGAGAAGGAAAGUCCUGCUGUAAAAGCUGUCCACAAGUUGAAAGAAAAAGUUGAGUUAUUUGCUUUACAGAAGCAGGAGGCUUGGAAUGAUUGGACAGUGUGGUUGGGGAAGAAAUGGCUUGCUCAUGGUUUGAAGAAGGUGAAAGAGUCAGAGAUCAAGCAUUUGGCUAAAAAUAGCCCUUCUUUAAAUCAAAUUUCCAGUUUUCGUAAAGUUGGGAUGGAAACCGACCACUGGUACAAAGUUUUAUUGAAAAUUUGGAUGCAAGAUAUAAACGCAAAGGCUGCAGAGACUGAAGAAACUAUCUUAUCUAAUUAUGUAGUGGAACCUUCUCUUCCUCUGGAACUUAGAGACUCCUUUUAUGAAUUUCAAAGGCGUGUGGAAGAAUAUGUUUCUUCCGAGACAGCUUCUACUGUUGCUCUUUUACCAAAUUAUGACCCUUCUGUCAAAUCUACUUUCAUAACUGAGAUUAUUGCUCCAGUGAAUUCUAUCAGGAAACGACUAUUGAGAUAUAGGCUAAUCACAAAUAAAGGGUAUCCGUGUGCCUCUCCUUUCCUCAUCCUACAUGAUAACACUCAAAUUAUCGACUGGUUUUUAGGAGUAUAUCGUCGUUGGCUUAAAUGGUAUAGCAAUUGUUCAAACUUUAGCGAGGUGAUCUUAAUUUGUGAUCAAGUUAGGAAAUCCUGUAUCCGAACACUAGCAGCAAAGCAUCGUACGCAUGAAAGUGAAAUUGAAAAGAAGUUUGACUUAGAACUGAGUAGGAUUUGCUCUACCCCUGAAAUAGAGCAAGAAGAAGAGGAGGAGGCAUCAGAUACUCAUGGUUUAGGCCAUGAUGAGGCAUCGACAUAUGGAAUUUCAUAUAGUGGCUUGUGUUUGCUAUCUCUUGCUAGAAUGGUCAGCCAGUCUCGUCCUUGCAAUUGUUUUGUCAUGGGGUGUUUGGCUUCUGCACCAAGUGUUUAUACUCUUCAUGUCAUGGAGAGGCAAAAAUUUCCAGGAUGGAAAACUGGAUUCUCGAGUUCCAUCCAUCCUAGCUUGAAUCGACGGCGAGUUGGCUUAUGCAAGCAACAUUUGAAGGAUUUGUAUCUGGGUCACAUUUCAUUGCAAUCUGUUAACUUUGGGGCAUGGAAGUGAGUGUUACUUUUCUGUGUAUGAUCUCAUUUAACGACUGGUAUAGUGGGAUAGAUUGGCUGAGAGAACCAGGGUAGCCAUGAACAGAGCCUCUUCAUGGUUCCUACUUUGGGCUAGCUUGCUGAUUUUCUGGUGUCUCAACUGCUCUCUGAAGGAUGGAAGACCGUUAGCCCAAUGUGAAUUAGGAA